AUGAUUGAUAUUGAAGCUAAAAUCGAAGGAAAACAAGUGUUCAUUUCGUUCGUAUAUGGAGAUCCGGUCGUUGAUGGCCGAGAAGCUUUUUGGGAUCGUCUUGUCCAACUUAGCUAUAACAGACAAGGUUCUUGGCUCAUUAUGGGUGACUUCAGUGAAAUGAUUGGCAAUUGGGAAAAGAGAGGGGGUCGUAAAAGAUCCGAAUCAUCCUUUCUUCCAUUUCGAAAUAUGCUCGACAGUUGUGGCAUGAUCGAUUUUCCCUUUAAGGGGAACUCAAAAUCAUGGGUCGGAUAUAGGAGAUGUAGAAAAAUGCAAUGCCGACUCGACAGAGCCGUUGGCAAUGAAGACUGGCACCAUGAUUUUUCCCACACUAAUGUGGAGUAUCUCAAACUUUGGGGCUCAGACCACAUGCCGAUACUAACCAGAAUCUUGUCUAAACCCGGCACGGCACAAAGAGGAUUCAAAUUUGAUAAGCGAUGGCUAGGCAAGGACGGUUUGAAGAAAUCUAUAGAAGAAGGAUGGGGUCAAACAGACAUCUCGGACCUGGGAGAUGUCUAUACAAAAGUCCAAACUUGCCGACGAUCUCUCUCAUGCUGGAAGAAAACAAAUCAGUCCAACUCUAUAAAGAAAAUCGAGGAGAUCAAAAAGUUGUUGGAACAUGCCCAAACCAACGAUAGCAUGACGAAUGAGGAAGUCUUUAAACUGAAAUGGGACGUAUGCUCAGCUUUUAGAGAAGAAGAACUUUAUUGGAAGCAAAAAAGCCGGGUUACAUGGCUAAAGGAAGGGGACCGUAAUACGAAAUUUUUCCAUACAACCAUCAAACUACGUAAAGCAAGAAACCGCAUCACAAAGUUAAAAAGAGGUGACGGUUCGUGGGCAGAAACAGAGGAGGACAUAGAGAGAGUGGCGACAGAUUAUUUGCAAAACCUCUUUACCUCGUCACACCCUACCGAUUUUGACGAGGCUCUCCGGUACGUUACCGUGAAAGUAAACUCUGAUAUCAACCAAUCUCUAACCAAACCUCCCUCCAAUGAGGAGAUCAGACUGGCCAUCGAAGACAUCAAUCCAGAGAAAGCACCAGGGCCGGAUGGAAUGACUAUCCUUUUCAAACAACAAUUUUGGGAAAUCACGGCAAAAGAUGUUAUAGCAAUGGUAAAAGAAUUCUUCUCCUCCGACUUCUUUGACGCACGCCUAAACCAAACCAACAUAUGCCUGAUCCCAAAAUCGGAGAGACCUCAAGAAAUGUCAGAAUUUAGGCCAAUAAGCCUAUGUAAUGUCAGCUACAAAAUCAUUUCUAAAUUUUUCUGCAAAAGAUUGAAGAGAUUCCUCCUGAAACUUAUUUCGGAGACACAGUCAUCCUUUGUGGCCAAGAGACUCAUCACAGACAACAUCCUUAUUGCCCAAGAAGCUUUUCACGCCCUCCGCACAAACCCUAGUUGUAAGAAUAAAUUCAUGGCCAUUAAAACGGACAUGAGUAAAGCUUAUGAUAGGGUGGAAUGGAAUUUCCUUGAAGCUUUGAUGCUUAAAAUGGGUUUCUCAGAAAAAUGGGACUCUUGGAUCAGAUCGUGCAUAUCGUCGGUGUCCUAUCAGAUGCUACUCAAUGGAGAGGCUAAAGGCCAUAUUAGUCCAUCAAGAAAACUGCGUCAGGGCGAUCCACUCUCACCCUUUCUGUUUAUCAUACUAACAGAGGCACUAGUGGCACAGCUACGAGGCGCAAAAGAAGAGGGACGUGUAACGGGACUAAAGAUAGCAAGAAACAGCCUGGCGAUUUCACAUCUCUUAUUUGCAUACGACAGCCUCUUUUUCUGCAAAGCAAAUGUCCAGCAAUGUGCUGAGAUUUUAAAGAUUAUCAAUACAUAUGGCCAAGCUUCAGGCCAGCAACUUAACACUGCUAAAUCUUCAAUCUUCUUUGGGAAUAAAGUACCAAAUGACCAGCGUUAUGACCUAAAACGUACUCUUGGAAUCACAAAGGAGGGUGGCAUGGGAAUGUACCUGGGUUUACCGGAGAAAAUCUUCGGAUCAAAAAAACAGGUGUUCUCCUUCAUUCAAGACCGUCUCAGUAAAAGGAUAAAUUCCUGGUUGGCAAAACUAUUGUCCAAAGGUGGAAAGGAAGUUUUGAUUAAGUCAGUAGCCCAAGCUCUCCCUACCUAUGUCAUGUCGUGCUUCCUACUCCCCCAAGAAAUUACCAAGAAGCUCCAAAGUGCUAUAUCAAACUUUUGGUGGAGUACAAAUCAAAGUAGCCGGGGUAUGCAUUGGAUUGCAUGGGUAAAAAUAUGCAUGCCUUUAGGAAAAGGCGGGUUGGGGUUCAGAGACCUUAAAAAUUUCAAUCUCGCUUUACUUGCGAAGCAACUUUGGCGACUUAUACAAUAUCCAUCCUCCUUACUUGCACGGAUCCUAAAAGGACGCUACUUCCUACAUACAAACCCACUGGUUUGUCAAAAAGUGAAUACCCCAUCAUAUGUAUGGACGAGUCUUACCGCAGCAAGAGAUCUUCUGAAAGCUGGCCUCCGGAAAAAUAUUGGCUCUGGCGCAAACACGGCGGUUUGGAGUGAUGCAUGGAUUCCAGUAACACCACGAGACAACUAG